CGCAAAGCCUGCCGGGGCAUGGAGUCCUGGUGAGCUCUGUGCGCAUGUGCGAGGUGGCGAGGGGGCUUGGGGGGCCUCGCCCGGGAGAGUGAGGCGCUGCCGUCCCGCCGGCCCCAUGGAGGCCCCGGCCGCCCAGCCUGUGAAGCAGGAGUGCCGGGCCGCCGAGGGCCUGACCCUGGACUCGCCGUGGCACCGCUUCCGCCACUUCCACCUGGGCGACGCCUCGGGCCCCCACGAGGCGCUGGGCCUGCUGCGCGCCUUGUGCCGGGACUGGCUGCAGCCCGAGGUGCACACCAAGGAGCAGAUGCUGGAGCUGCUGGUGCUGGAGCAGUUCCUGAGCGCCCUGCCCGCCAACCUCCAGGCCUGGGUGUGCAGCCGGCGGCCCCAGAGCGGGGAGGAGGCCGCGGCCCUGCUGGAGGAGUUCUGGGGACCAGCAAUGAGGGCACCUCGGGAUGCGGCGGAAGGCUCCAGGGCCGGCGUGAGAAAGGAAGACGGUGGGGUGACGCCCUCAGGAGACGCAGCCCCCAGGGCUGAGGAACUGGCGACGGGGGACGCCCAGGCCGCGCGCCCUUACAAGCAGGAGCCGGGCAGCCCCCAGCCAGCGCCACCGCCCCCACCGGCGCCCAGCCUGCCCGCCUUCCUGGCGGCCCCGGGCUCCGCGUCCUGCCCCGAGUGCGGCAAGGCCUCGCUGAAGCCGGCGCACCUGCUGCGCCAUCGGCAGAGCCACUCGGGCGAGAAGCCUCACGCCUGCCCCGAGUGCGGCAAGGCCUUCCGGCGCAAGGAGCACCUGCGGCGCCACCGCGGCACGCACCCCGGCGGCCCGGGUCCGGCCCUGCGCCCGCUGCCUGCGCGCGAGAAGCCUCACGCCUGCUGCGAGUGCGGCAAGACCUUCUACUGGCGCGAGCACCUGGUGCGCCACCGCAAGACGCACUCGGGCGCGCGGCCGUUCGCUUGCUGGGAGUGCGGCAAGGGCUUCGGGCGCCGCGAGCACGUGCUGCGCCACCAGCGCAUCCACGGGCGCGCGGCGGGCGCGAGUGGGGCGGCGGCGCCGGGCCCCGAAGGCGGGGGUCCCUUCCCGCCCUGGCCGCUGGGGUAGCCCCCGCCCCGCCGUGCAACCCCUCCCGUCCCUCACCGGCUCCUCGGCCCCGUCUCUCCUCCAGCAGCCCCUCCUUUGUCCGAACCUCCUGGUGCUCUAGAGCUCUCUGUUCCUUCCCAAGCCUCACUUUAGGUCCCAAACCUCACUUUCCUGUUCGGAUCUCACGCCGUCCUCGUCCUCGCAGUCUCUCCCGCCUGUAGAGGGAGACUCCGCAGUCCUUCCCUUUCCCGGGUGGGGGGCAGGGCUGGCCAGGAGCCCAGAAGUGGAGCGCAGGGCUGGAGCAGCAGGCGGGGCCCCUGGUCUAGAGGAGGCCGGAGGAAGGGGACUGGGUCUCGUCCCCCGGAGACACCCCCCAGGACGGAGUGGGGGACGGCUCCGACAGGACACCCCCCCCAGGAGACAUACCCCCCCCCGGAGACACCCCCCAGGACGGAGUGGGGGACGGCUCCGACAGGACACCCCCCCCCCAGGAGACACCCCCCCCCUGGAGACACCCCCCCGGAGACACCCCCCAGGACGGAGUCGGGGCCGGCUCCGACAGGACAGACCUGGGUUCUGGCAGUGGGCUCCCUGGCCUGGCUUGUCUCUCCGCGAGCCAGAAGGCAUGGGAUGGACAGAGAUGCCUGCCCGUGGGAAGCGCGUCGGAGACGACAGUUCACCAGCAUCUGGAGAGUAAUAAAGCCACUGAUAAGUUGUGCAGA